UAGCUUCGCUAAAUAUAUAACGCGGUCGCUGCGGGAAGGGCCGCCGCUUCCGGAGCUUGCAGCUUCUUUUAUGGGCACGCCGAGGGCUCGCCGGGGCACGUGCAGCUUCGCCAUAAUCACUUUAUCCCGCUGAGGCGUUGGAAUCCUUCGAAAUGAGUAAUCCAAAGUCAGAUGGGCGCUUACCGGCUAUACCGAACGAUAUUAUAACAUCGUCGAGCUCGCAGCCCUUCAUUCAACAAGAUCAACAGGACGAGGAAACGUCGGACUGUCCACUCUUGACCCCGAGCCCACCACCGGACCAGGCGCAGAAUUCCUUGGACAAUCCAACCACAUUCAUACGCCGUAACGACUCGUCGACGCUGCUGGACCAGACGCUCAACAACAUCAAUAGCGAGGACGGCCUAACAUUCUUAAAUAUUGUCAAUAGUUCGUGUAAGCCGAUGCACGAUGAACCAAGUUCGCGAGAUCCAAUGGUCGAAACGAGCAGCAAUAGUGGCAGCAGCAGCGAUACAAAUGAGCCAGUUUGUACGCAACUUCUUACCCAAUUAAACACCGCAUAUACUCAUUUAGCUCCGGAUGCACAAGCAUUGUUUUACAAUCAAGAGAAUGGGGGUAAGCCACCACUUACUGGUAUACACUUGGUUGUACCGAAGCCGCCUAAAAAUUACAAUUUUAUGAGUUGGAACUGGCCGAUUAUACGAAAAACAUUUUUUUGGUCACUAAUGUCAAUAUUUGCUGGAUGCAUUGCACUUGCUAUUGGUGUUAUAGCAACAAUGCCUAAAAGAUGCGACCCCGCAGUGGAAUGGUGGCAAGGCAGUUUAUUUUAUGAAAUAUUUCCAGCUUCGUUCGAAGACUCUUAUAAAAAUGAUGGAAUCGGGGAUUUACGUGGCAUAAUUAAUCGAUUAGAUUAUUUAGACAAUCUCGGCGUGAAAGGGAUUCGAUUGAAUUCCAUAUUUUUAUCUAAACAGUAUCCUCAACAAUACAUGAAUAUCGAAAGCCUGACAGAAGUUGAGCCGACUCUCGGGACCUUGGCAGACUUCGAUGACCUGGUAACGGCUAUUCACAAAAGAAAUAUGGCUGUAAUUUUGGAUCUGCCGCUUUAUCCUUUUGUCAAAAGUCUAGGCGACGAAAUUCCAGAUAGCAACGCCACUCGAGCGCCGAAUCACCAGAAAGCAGACCAAGUCGCAACAUUGAUCGCCCUGCCCUCGCAUCGUAAAACACUAGAAACAUUGCAGAUCGCUUCAGUUGAGGGGAUUACAAACAUCGAGGGAUUUAAUGUUACGGAUAACGACUCCACUGUCGAUUUUGUCCCAAGUAACGAAGUUACCAAGGCCAUCGACUUUUGGCAAAAGAGAAAAGUCGACGGCUUUUACCUUAAAGGUCUCGAGUAUUACACCAAUAAUACGAAUUUCGUAACAUCAUUAAGGCAUUUCAAGUCAAUUUUAGGCCCAAAUAAGAUUCUUAUGUGCAGUGAGAAGGCGCUUUCGAGUGCCACGGGUGAUUCCCGGAAUGCAAUAUUAAACAGAAUGGAUCUAGUAGAUGUGAUUCUCGAUGUGGCAAACGGCACGAGAAACAUUAAGGAUCAAGUGUCGAAGAUACAAAAGGGCCUAUUGUUUCAGAAAGCCGGUUAUCCGUGGGUGCACUGGUCCACCGGGAGCGUGGAUACUCCUCGAUUGGCCUCGACAUUACAAGUUGCGAAUGCCAGUCUCGCGGUGUCGUUAAUGGGAAUGAUGCUGCCUGGUACGCCCAGCGUUUUUUACGGCGAUGAGAUUGGGCUGCUCAAUUCGAAUAGUAAAAAAUACUCGCAUCUCUCUCAUCUAUACAAUUUAGUACCUAUGAUUUGGGAUAAUCAAAAUAGCAUUGAUGAAACGUUGCCCAAGUAUUUAAUUGUACCAUGGAUGCCGGAAUCUGAUAAACCAGCCACGACUAAUUUAACCGGACUUUUACCUAAUAUGGCCAAAUUACGCUCGGAGACGACGCCUAUUUACGUUAAAGCUGUACUUAAAAAUGAGGAACCAAUGGCAAAUAGUGAUAUUCGGUAUACGGGAAACGAUAUGAUUGUUAUCGAGAGGUGGUACCCACGAAGAAAUACGUACGUAUUUGUGGCGAAUUUUGGCAUGCGCACUCAAACGAAAGAUUUAUCAUCGUUAUAUUAUGGAGGCCAUGUAGUAGUUGGACCCGAGCACAAACUUAAUCGAAAUAUAUACUUUAAGGAAUUGAUCAUUCCUCCUGGCGAAGCCUUUAUUAUAAAACUCGACAAAUGAAGACUUAGAAAAGAAUCUGAGUAAACGUGGAGGAUCCUAUUUUAAGCUCCGUGACAUAAGGCCAACAUACCGUUUAUUUUUAUGUGUUAUAGUCAUAAUGUCUGCAGCAGUGACUCUUAAGUAAUGAUACGAUAUAUUUAUUGAAAAUUCGAAAUCUGAAUCGAAAAAGGAGCCAAACAAAUGUGAAAGUUUACUUAAAUACGAAAAAACAUCAAUGUUGUAUUUCUAUGUUU